GAUGCUCAUGCUUUUGGGAUUUUUCGAUUAUUCUUGAUGUGAAUUUUCGGGGGUAAAUAUAUUCCCCAAUUACAGCUUCAUAUUUUCCAAUUCUUACCUCCAAAAUUUUCAUGAGUUAUUUUUUUGUAUAUGGUGCGAACGCUCUUAAUCAAAAAUAAUAGCGAAUGUUUUUAGAAAUGAUCGGAUUACUCACAUGCGUUUGUAUAUCGAAAAUUGAGCAGUAGUAAAAUAUAACUUUUACGAAUAUAACCUGAAAUAACCGGUGUCUUAUUUUAUCUGUAACUGCAUUUGUAAGGAAGUUGAUUGUUUCUUCUGCUUUGUUUACUGUUUUUUAAUUUCCUUUCGUGCUGUGCUGGUUGUUGAAAACGUGUAAUUGACAUUUCUUUAUUUAAUUAUCAUGAAGCUUAGCAUAGAUGAUAAGUGUAAUCUAAACAGCUUAAAAAUACUUGUCGUAUCAGAAUUCUGUGGUGUCAAACUCAAUAUAGAGAAAUGUUCUGAUGUCAAAAAGCAAGUUCGACUCCCACUGCUUGAAAUUAAGGACCAGUGUACCUUUUUUUCAUCAAAUGCUUCUUGUAGAUACUUAUGGAGUGUUAGUGGACAACCAUUAUAUCCUGACAUUGACCAAUGGUUAGAAUGGGAAUGUGCAGUUCUUCAGCCUUCCAUUUCUGCAUUACUUAAAGCUUCCAAAGAUGAUUCUCUACCUUUAAGUUUUAAAAGGAAUCUCAACUAUUUAAAUGCUCUUCUUGGUUCUCGAAGCUUCCUAUCUGGUAAAGAUGCUCCUGAUUUAAGUGAUCUUGUGUUGUGGGCAAAUAUCUAUCCUUUGUACAAAGCAUCUCUGUUACCUGAUGUUUCAAAUCUUGCAAAUUUGCAAAAAUGGCUAAAUACUUUGAAGGAUUUAGGAUCACUAAAUACAGCAUUUACUCAUAUUGGUGGAAAAGAGAAAUCUGAUUUAAAGAAAAAUCUGCUGUGCGAAGUUUCGUUUACUGGUGAUUACUUUUUUAUGCCAAUCCAUGUUGCAGACUUUGUUCCUUCAGUUGAAACUGAUGAUAGCAAUGCAGAACAGUCUAAAGAGCCUGAGAUUACAGCUGAAGAAGUAAUUCGCAGUUAUAGUUGUUGGGUAAAAGGUAAAGCUUCUAUUCCACAGCCGAAAGAAAUUAAAGUGCCCGUUUUGCCGAAAAAGGGAGAAAGAAAUAUCCUGGUUACUAGUGCAUUACCAUAUGUGAAUAAUAUUCCUCAUUUGGGAAAUAUAAUUGGUUCUGUUCUUAGUGCAGAUGUUUUUGCAAGAUACUGUAGAUCUAGAGGCUAUAAUACUCUAUAUAUUUGCGGAACAGAUGAAUAUGGAACUGCCACUGAAACUAAGGCUAUUGCCUCCAAAAUGACACCAAGAGAAAUUUGUGACAAAUACAACAAACUACAUUCCGACAUUUACAAAUGGUUUAAUAUUGCCUUUGACCAUUUUGGAAGAACCACUACAGAGAAACAGACUGAAAUCGCCCAGGACAUUUUUCAUAAAUUGUAUGCUGAAAAUUUGAUCCUCACUGAUAGUGUUGAACAACUUUUCUGUGAGUCAUGCCAGAGGUUUCUUGCUGAUCGAUUUGUGGAAGGUAUUUGUCCAUUGUGUGCAUAUGAAGAUGCAAGAGGUGACCAGUGCGAUAAAUGUGGAAAGCUCUUGAACGCUGCCGAUCUUAAAAGCCCUCAAUGUAAACUCUGUAAAAAGACUCCUCAUCUCCGCUCUUCAAGGCAUCUUUUCUUGGAUUUGCCAAAAUUAGAAGCACCUUUAAAGAAAUAUUUGGAUAACUCAACCCCGAAUAGCCAGUGGUCUAAUACGGCUAAAGUCAUUGCAUAUUCCUGGCUUAAAGAAGGCUUAAAGCCUCGAUGCAUUACACGAGAUUUGAAAUGGGGAACCCCAGUACCCUUGGAAGGAUUUACUGAUAAGGUAUUUUAUGUGUGGUAUGAUGCCCCUAUUGGAUAUUUAUCAAUUACAGCCAACUACACAGAUAAGUGGGAACAGUGGUGGAAACAGCCUGAAAAUGUCCAACUCUAUCAGUUCAUGGCCAAAGAUAAUGUCCCAUUCCAUGGUAUUAUUUUUCCUGCAUGCCAAAUAGGAACUAAAGACACUUACACAAUUGUCAAUCAUCUUGCAGCUACAGAGUAUCUGAAUUAUGAGGAUGUGAAAUUUUCCAAAAGUAGGGGUGUUGGUGUUUUCGGUGACGACGCAAAAGAAACUGGUCUACCUUCUGAUGUAUGGAGAUUUUACUUGCUGUACAUAAGGCCAGAAGCACAAGAUACUUAUUUUAGUUGGAAUGAUUUAAUGUUGAAAAUAAAUUCUGAGCUUCUAAAUAAUCUUGGCAACUUCAUCAAUCGGUAAUUAAACAUUUUUGAUUUUUUUGUGUGUUUGUGCAAGUGUGUUUUAUUAUCUGCUUUUAAUUUUAGAAUGCGAGAUGCUAUAAAAUAUUUACUCAAUAUCAGUCGACUUGGAAAUUUUUACAUCCAAUCAAACAAGCCGUGGGAAUUGGUGAAAAAAUCUCCUGCUGAAAAGGCUUUAGCUGGCACUGUUCUUGGCUUAAGUGCAAAUAUUUGCUGUUUGCUUUGUACAUUGAUGGAACCUUACAUGCCUGACACAUGUGCUAAUUUAAAGUCUCAGUUAAACAUUGAUGACUUUGUUUGUCUAUUACCGUCGGGACACAAAAUAGGAAAACCUUCGCCUUUGUUUAAAAAAAUAGAGCAAGAUGUCAUCAAUGAACUCAAAUCAAAAUAUGCUGGAAGGCAAUCUCAAGAAAAUGAGACUGUGCCACCUUUAAAAGAAACAAAAGCUACUGUUCCAGCAUCAAAUAUGACAAAUGGUGUGGAUCUGCAAGCUUUAGAAGCUUCAGUGACUGAACAAGGUGAAAAAGUGCGAUCCCUGAAGGUUGCAAAAGCAGACAAGGCUUCCAUAGACAAGGAAGUUGCUUUACUACUGCAGCUGAAAAGAGAAGUAAUGAUUGCUAAGGGUGAAAAUCCAGAUCAACAACCAGCUAAGUCUAAAAAUAAGAAAAAAAGAGAGACUGUGCCACCUUCAAAAGAAACAAAAGCUGCUGUUCCAGCAUCAAAUAUGACAAAUGGCGUGGAUCUGCAAGCUUUAGAAGCUUCAGUGACUGAACAAGGUGAGAAAGUGCGAUCAUUGAAGGUUGCAAAAGCAGACAAGGCUUCCAUAGACAAAGAAGUUGCUUUACUUCUGCAGCUGAAAAGAGAAGUAAUGAUUGCAAAGGGUGAAAAUCCAGAUCAACAACCAGCUAAGUCUAAAAAUAAGAAAAAAAGAUGAUCAUGAUAAAAAUGUAGCAUCUUAAUUUAUGGUCAUUAAAUCUUAAUUUAUUGUAAAA